AUGGCCGAAUUGCGACAAGAAUUACUCACACGUUUUCAGGAUUCUUCGUUUUUUCUUGAAGCCAGGGAACCCAGUUGUGAAUUUCGGCGCUACACCGAUAAAUAUCGAGUAAUCGAAAAAGAGAAAUUUUUUCCAGGUGGCUGGGAAUGCCUUCCAGAUGAGCUGUGUCCAAAACGAAUAAAAGGAGGUGAACCACAGCUAAAGAAACGAAAAACGAUGGACGGGGGCGAUGACGAUGUGUCCAAAAAACUAUCCAAGUUGGAGGAAAAUGAGAACAACACUGACCAAGAAACUGGUAUGCAAGGAGAGGCCGCCGACGACAGUGAGGAAGAAAGUGAAAAAGACGAAAUUAACAACGAAAAUGAGCAGGUUAAUUACUCUCUGUUUUUGUCAGGUAGUGAAAAAAUCCCAGUGAUAUUUUUUUUUCGAUUUGCUCAUUUACCGGUUAAUGUUCUUUUUAACUUUUUAUGCGUUAUGUGUUGA